AUGUGCAUAUCUCAUCGGGUCGUAGAUGGUGCUGCAUUGAGCACCUUUCUCAAGGCAUGGUCUGCCACAGCCAAAGGUAGCAAGGAAGCAAUUAUAUAUCCUGAAUUCAUUGCCAGUUCUCUCUUCCCUGCAAAUGAUCUGUGGCUUAGAGACUCGGCGAUUGUUAUGUUUGGUUCAUUGCUCAAAAAGGGCCAGUGCAUGACCAAGAGAUUUGUGUUUGACGCCUCAGCAAUUUCCAACCUCAAGGCCCAAGCAGCAAGCUUAGGAGUGAAAUGCCCCACUCGCGUCGAGGUGGUCUCUUCUUUCCUAUGGAAGUGCCUUAUGGCUGCCUCAGAAGAAUGGCGAGGAUCCCAAAGGCCUUCUUUACUAACACACUCUGCAAAAUACACGAACAAGUCCAAGCCUGGAUUAAAAGACUUGGUUGGUGAGGUGAGGAAAGCAAUAUCAAAAAUUGAUUCUGAUUUUGUUGAGCAUAUUAAAGGUGAUAAAGGCAAUGCUCUAAUGGAUGAAACACUCAAAGGUAUAGGUGCAUUUGUCUCCGGGGAUGGAGUAGACUACCUUGGUUUUUCCAGUUGGUGUGAUGGCAUAGAAGCUUUUGUGACCUUGGAUGAAAAGGACAUGACUAUUUUAGAAGGCAAUCCAGAGCUCCUCAAAUCUGCAUCUUUGAACCCAAAGAGGCGCAGGGAGGUCACUUUCAUGGACGGCCGUGAGGCCAUGCGAGCCGGAGUUAUAAUAUUUUAUCGGCUGAACUAUCAACGACGAAUAAGGCUAUGCUUUCUUGGGAAAUUUCGUUUAGACCAUGUUAGCAUCAUAGCGACCAAAUUUACACCAACUGGAAAGACUCAAGGCUUGGACUUGGCCACAUAUUGUGCAGCUGCUGCCCAGAAGAUGCUUCCCAUGCAAUUCUCUGACAAGGGUGGUGUCCUUUGUUUCAGCAAAUUCACUACAUGA